UUACAAGUAGUCUUAAAGUCCAUUCUAAAAGCCAUGGCCCCCUUGCUACAAAUUGCCUUGUUAGUCCUCUUCGCCAUCGUCAUAUUCGCCAUCAUUGGACUCGAGUACCUAUCCGGUUCCUUCCAUAACACGUGUCGGCUCAUUACAACCGACGAGAUAGACUUGGUAGGAGAGGAAGAAAUAACUCCAUGCCAAGAUGUACCAAGCUCCCUUCUGGGUCAGGGGUUCAUCUGCCCCGAAGCAACCUCCACCUGCAAACCUUAUUGGGAGGGGCCUAAGCAUGGAAUUAUCAGCUUCGACAACAUCGGAUACGCCAUGUUGACAGUCUUCCAGUGUAUAACGAUGGAAGGAUGGACUACUGUUCUCUAUUAUACCAAUGAUGCAUUAGGCAGCCACUUUCCUUGGCUGUAUUUCGUUACGCUGAUCAUCAUCGGUUCAUUCUUCAUGCUCAAUCUCGUGCUAGGUGUCCUUAGUGGUGAAUUUGCAAAAGAGAGAGAACGAGUAGAAAGUAGGAGGGCUUUCUUGAAACUACGGAAACAACAACAGAUCGAACGGGAACUGAAUGGAUAUCUUGAGUGGAUCUGUAAGGCUGUGGCAGCAGUUUAUAUAUAUAUGCAAUUAACAUUACAUAAUUUUCAUAUGAGCAUUCUGAUAUCUCGAAGACGAGUAGCCACAAGAAAAAUGAAGCAGAUAAAGACGAGCAUGAACAAGGAGAACAAGGAGGUCGAUGAUGGCGAAGAAAAUGAAGAAUUAUUUGGACCAUCAUCGAGACAGCAGAUGAAAACAACGCGAAGAAAAUUCUUCAAGAGGUGUGACGCUUUCUUCAGAGCUGAAAAACGAUUCCAGUUUAAAAUAAGACGGAUUGUGAAGAGUCAGGUAUUUUACUGGCUCAUCAUCGUGCUCGUCUUCCUCAACACUGUUUUCGUAGCUAUGGAGCACCACAAUCAACCAGAGUUUCUCACUGAAUUCAUAGGUAUAUCAGAGUAUGUCUUCCUGGGUCUUUUUAUUUUCGAGAUGUUCUUCAAAAUGUACGGCGUUGGAGCACACCUUUAUUUUCAGUCCUCGUUCAACAUCUUCGACUGUGCGGUCAUUGCAGGUAGCUUGGGUGAAGUCAUUUGGGCCGUCUACAACCCAAAGAGUUCGUUUGGCAUCAGUGUUUUGAGGGCCAUGAGAUUGUUGAGGAUCUUUAAAGUCACCAGAUACUGGGCCUCGCUAAGAAACCUGGUGAUAUCAUUGUUGAGCAGCAUGCGUUCCAUCGUCUCCCUCCUCUUCCUUCUCUUCCUCUUCAUCCUCAUCUUCGCACUCCUUGGUAUGCAGCUCUUUGGCGGAGAAUGGAACUUCAACACUGGACGUCCGACGAGCCACUUCGACACGUUCACCGUUGCACUCCUGACAGUUUUUCAGAUAUUGACUGGAGAGGACUGGAACGAGGUGAUGUUCAACGCAAUCGUCUCUCAAGGUGGUGUUGACAACUACGGCAUGCUCUACUCAGUCUACUUCAUCGUACUGGUACUCUUUGGCAAUUACACCUUACUGAAUGUCUUCCUGGCCAUCGCCGUUGACAAUUUGGCUAAUGCCCAAGAACUGACAGCUGCAGAAGAGGAGCAAGAGAUGAAAGACGAGCAGAAACGACAGGAAGAGUUAUCGAAAGAAGGUAUGACGUCACUUCAGUUGACACUCGAUCCCACGAUGAUCAACUUUUGCCCCCCUCCAUUCGGUAGCAACCAAGAUUUCAAAACAAACACGUUCAAUGUGUUAGUCAUCAAAGUUCAAUUUCAAUCAUACAUGUACAUUUGCUUGCCUUAUAUUAUUUCAUCUUCUCCACUUUUCAACAGGAUAUCCUUUAACGAUCCGAAAAUCAACAACACCAACUCCAACAAUCCUGAUACGUCCGAUCCUGAGAAAGAUAAUCUUCCUAAUGAUGACGAACAAGACGACAGCGGUCCCAAGCCAAUGUUGCCCUACAGUUCAAUGUUCAUCUUUGGAGCAACAAACCCCAUUCGGCGAUUCUGUCACUUCGUUGUCAGCCUACGUUACUUCGACCUCUUCAUCAUGAUCGUCAUUUGCGCAAGCAGCAUCGCCCUGGCUGCUGAAGAUCCAGUGCUUGAAAACUCGGAGAGGAACAAGAUACUGAAUAUGUUCGAUUACGUGUUCACUGGUGUCUUCACUGUUGAGAUGAUUUUAAAAGUGAUAAAUUUAGGUGUCGUGUUUCACCCCGGCUCGUACUGCAGGGACCUUUGGAACCUCCUCGAUGCAACUGUUGUCAUUUGCGCUCUGGUUGCUUUCGCCUUCACAGACAGUCCAGGGGCAGGUAAAAACUUAAACACCAUCAAAUCGUUGCGAGUUCUGCGUGUCUUGCGGCCUUUGAAGACAAUUAACCGAGUGCCCAAGCUUAAGGCGGUAUUUGACUGCGUGGUGAACUCACUGAAAAACGUCUUCAACAUCAUGAUCGUCUACAUGCUCUUCCAGUUCAUCUUUGCCGUCAUGGCAGUGCAACUAUUCAAAGGGAAAUUUUUCUUCUGCAAUGAUGACUCCAAGAACACGAAAGCCGAAUGCAAAGGUGAGUACUUCGAGUACCAGCUGGACAACAACAGGUACGUGCCAAAAGUCGAAGAAAGGAAGUGGGGUAGGAGGGAGUUCCAUUACGAUAAUGUGGCUGAUGCCAUGCUCACCUUGUUUGCCGUUCAGACUGGGGAGGGUUGGCCAGCGGUUCUUCGACAUUCCAUUGAAUCAACGGAAGAGAACCUCGGACCGCAGCCAGGUCACCGCAUGCAAAUGUCUGUCUUCUACAUCGUCUACUUCAUCGUCUUUCCAUUCUUCUUCAUCAACAUCUUCGUCGCCCUCAUCAUCAUCACGUUCCAGGAACAAGGGGAAAAUGAAUUGAUCGACCAGGAGCUGGACAAAAAUCAAAAACAGUGCAUUGACUUUGUCAUUAACGCCAGACCGGUCUGUCGGUACAUGCCGAAAAACCAAAACUCCUUCAAGUUCAAGGUUUGGAGAGUUGUCGUUUCGCCCAUGUUUGAGUACAUCAUCAUGGUCAUCAUUGCCUGCAACACAAUCCUACUUAUGAUGAAGGUCGUGGACCAGUUCGAUAAGUAUGCGACGACACUCUCCAAACUGAACAUGGCUUUCACUGCCGUCUUCACUGUCGAAAUCAUAUUCAAGAUUAUCGCUUUUGGCAUUCGGAACUACAUGAAGGACUAUUGGAACAUCUUCGACAUGGUCACUGUCGUCGGUAGCAUCACUGAUGUCCUCUGGACGGAGACCAUUCAGAAAACCACUGGGACAUUCAGUUUCGGCUUUUUGAGGCUGUUCAGAGCGGCCAGGCUGAUCAAGUUGCUACGGCAAGGAUACACUAUCAGGAUACUACUUUGGACAUUCAUUCAGUCCUUCAAGGCACUUCCUUAUGUUAUCCUCUUGAUUGCCAUGCUGUUCUUUAUCUAUGCAAUCAUCGGAAUGCAAAUCUUUGGUAACAUAAAGCUGAAACCAGGAACGGAAAUAAACAGGCACAACAACUUCCGUUCGUUCGCCGAUGCUGUCAUGCUCCUCUUCCGGUGUGCAACGGGUGAAAGUUGGCAGCAGAUAAUGUUGCACUGCAUGGCCGGCAGGGAAUGCGACCCGAUGUCAACCCAGAAGGACACGAAAAACUGCGGCCUCAACAUCGCCAUUCCCUACUUCGUCUCGUUCAUAUUUUUCUGCUCGUUUCUGAUGUUGAACCUGUUUGUGGCGGUCAUCAUGGACAACUUUGAUUACCUGACACGUGACUCUUCAAUUCUUGGCCCACACCACCUGGACGAGUUCAUCAGGGUCUGGGCUAAUUAUGACCCAACUGCAACUGGCCGGAUCUUGUACACGGACAUGUACGACAUGCUAAGGAACAUGGAACCUCCGGUGGGAUUUGGAAAAAAGUGUCCUUACAGACUGGCUUACAGGAAACUCAUCCGAAUGAACAUGCCGGUAGCAGACAACGGAACGGUUCACUUCACGACGACAUUCUUUGCACUGAUUAGAGAAUCUCUAAGCAUUAGGAUGGGUCCAGCAUCGGAGAUGAACAAACAGGACGAAGCACUGAGAGAAACCAUCAAGACACUCUGGCCCAUUCAAUCGAAGAAGAUGCAUCUGCUCAUGGUGCCUCCUAACGAAGAGUUGACGUUUGAAAAGUUGACCGUUGGUAAGAUCUACGCCGGACUCUUGAUUGCCGAAAACUGGAGAGCUUACAAGGCCAACAAAACCAUAAAAAUGGUUCAGUGUUCCUGA